AUGUGGCACAGCGUCGGGCUGACCCUGCUAGUGUUCGUGGCCACGUUGCUGAUCGUGCUGCUGCUGAUGGUGUGCGGUUGGUAUUUUGUUUGGCAUCUUUUUUUAUCAAAAUUCAAGUUUCUUCGGGAACUGGUGGGAGACACAGGAUCUCAGGAGGGAGAUCAUGAACCUUCAGGGUCUGAAACAGAAGAAGAUGCUUCAUCAUCUCCACACAGGAUCAGAUCUGCUCGCCAAAGGAGGGCACCUGUUGAUGAAGGCCACUGA